AUGGCAGAAUUCAUAAAAGAUCAACUUAUUCAAAUGACUGAAGUACUGGGAAGCAACCUCUCCCAAGAUAGUUUUAGAAAUGCAGAACUUGGUUAACAACCUCUGUCAUUAGCUGGUAAAUAGCUUAAAUCAUUAUAAAUUAUUAUAUUAGAGACUGCAAAAGCAGUAUCUUCUGCUAAUUCUACUGCAGCUCAGACCAAGAUAACUGAAUCAAUAAGAGAAAUGCUUUUCACAAUGAGACUUGUCUCUUUGAUUUGCAAUUUCUGGACCAUUGUUCUCUCAGUGUUAGUUAUUUACAAACUUGCUGAUCAGAUAAUCAAGGCUAAGAAGAAUAGAGACAAAAAGAGAAAGAGACUCUAUUUUACUUCGAUUCUAUUUGUAUCUCUUAUUCUAGUACUAUCAAUUUUGAACUAACUCUGUUUGCAAUUCCCCAAUUAUGUUGGCAUAUUCGAUCUCUCUAUGGAGUGCUACACACUUCUUUCAUUAAUCUUUUUCUUCUGGCAAUGGAGAGAAUCUAUAGCCCUUUACAUUGAAAAGAACUUUGUUUAACCACUAUUGAGCAAUCAAGAUAAACUCCUCGAGAAAAAGCUCCUAUAAUAGCAUACUCAUAAUCACUCAGUUUCAAAUCAGCAAUAUGCUCAUGAAGUAGCUGAGAGAGCCAGAAAUUCAAUUAAACAAAACCCUAACGACAAUACCUCAAUGGAGCAAGUGAAGAGUGAAUUCUACACUGCUGUUCUUAGCAAGGUCAAAGAUAUCAAGUUGCUUAGCUCCUUCAAAUUUAGCACAGUGAGUUUCGGAGACAAUCUCAACAAGUAAGAAAGAGCUUAGAAAGUGGCAAGACUUGAAAAAUUCUUGAGAUUCUCAACUGUAAUUGUCUUUGCCCUCGAAAUCAUAUUCACAAUUACUGACUUGAUAGACUCUGCUAGUGAAAGAAAGGAAGUUAAAAAGGGAGAAUCAACUAAAUAGAUUUAAUCAGAGCUUGAUAACUUUGGACUUGAUAUUGUUCAAAUAGUACUCACUCUUAUUACUAUUUACUUGCUCUACGUUUACUAAAAACUAACAGAUAAGAUUGCUAAAAGAGACGAUCCAUUUUCAAAUGCAAACGUUUUAGGGUUGAUCAUCUUCAUGGUUGUUAUCUAAAAGUACAUCAUUGAAAGUGUCUUGACUUCAAUGCUCGCUGAAGAAGAGUUCUUUACCCAAUCCCUUUUGGUCACAUUUAGAUAGACUUUCUUCGCCAUUGAAAUUCUAUUCGUUUAGAUUCCACUCAGACACAAUUUUUCUAUCGAGCACGUAGAAACAUGA